GCAACUGUUGCAUGUUCUUGAAUGUCCUCUACAUAACAUAGUCACAACCACUCCAGUGGCUACUUUAAUUAAUAAUACAAGUAAGCAACAAUGUUGUUAUCUUCUGGUCAGCUACACUGCACAUCAUACUUAUUAAAAAUAAGCAGUCACAUCAGCAUCAGUGACAUGUCUCUUGUCUUAUCCUUGAAACAGCUCUUCAUGUCAAGGAAAAGACAUCACCUCACUUUCUCCAGCCCUUCAAGUUUCCACCCUAAUAGUUCCAAGUCAGGCAGAGAAAAAAUGAUGAGCUCAAAGAAGAGGUUGUCCAGUUAAGUCAGUUAACCACCUUCCUCGACAGCCCAAAGGAGACCACAAUUAUUGAAGGCCUCACCUAAACAUGCAUAGUUUUCAAUGAUUAGAUCUACGACAUACUCGCUUAAUCAAGCAAGCAACAAUGGACACCGUCACCAUCCUCGUUCAUAACAGCUGCAACCACUCAGGACCUGCAUCAGAAGGCUUUUCUUGAUACAUUCUUUUUGCUUUGGUGAUUACUGAUUUGGGUUCAAAGACAAAUUGGGACGUCUACGUGUGCUCCAAUUUAUUUUAUUUGGUAGAAAUCCAAUCCAAUGAUGGUACUAAUCCAAAAUAUUUAUGCUCAGAUUAAUGAUUGCUUACUGCCUCUGAUCUUGUAAACCAACUCAACUGUCCUCCCACAUAUGAUACAGGAUUAAAAGCAUCAGUGAAGCCAUGAACACUUUGAUCAAAGAAUGGAGCAAGGGGGUAAAGGACUGGGCAUGAAAGGACCAUAGAACAGCAGCAUAGGCAGGUGAGUAGGGACUGCAUUAAUGGUGGGCUAAUGAUUAAGCAGUAAGCACUUCACGUGAGAACCUCCGUCUUCAUUCACCGUGAGAAACUCGGAACUCCAAUGUUACAUACAAACUUUCUCUUCUGAUCAAACUCCCAUCUCCAUAUCUCAGAAACUGUAGCAACUUCAAAUUUGUAACCAGGUUUGUCUAUAUUAGGAAAUGGAGCUCAAAUCUUAAGAUCCACCACAUUCGAUCGGACCAGAAGAACACUGUUAUUCCACUCCUUGUUUAUCCACCUUGCAUUCCUCCAUUUCCGUCCAUUUGAGGGUUCGAGCAACACUGUUAUUUCACUGUCAUCUCAGUUGCCUCAAGGAAUAACAUUAGGAAGCCCCCAUCUCUUAUAUCUGAAGAAGUUUGCAUGUCACUGGGAGUACUUUGCACCGCGAUGUGGUAAUCUUGUCAUCGCCAAUUAAUUUAGUGCCAACCAACUGAUCAUGCUUUCCUAUCUUUAUGUUCAUUUUCAGGGCCCCAUCAACCAAUGCAGCCAUUUAAAAUGCCGUCACAAUAGUUGCUCACCUCCCACACCACCCCAGCUUCCUACCUCUGAUCCUUCUCUAUAUAUCGUAUGCCUAGCCAAGUCUCCAAAAAUGUGUGACCUACAAACUGCUAGUCUCUUUCUCCUCCUCAGCUUUCUCUAGUCUCCUCUAAGACCAGGUCAUGGGUGUUGAACAGGAAAAGACUGUCAUCUACGAUCACAGGAUAUCGACUGUGGUGCCUGCGACGGUGACCGGCAAUGCUGUCCUGCAUGAACUCACCAAUAUGGACCUCAUCAUGAAGCUGCACUACCUGAGGGCUGUGUACUACUUCAAUCAAAGUGAGAUCACUGAUGGUAUCACCAUUGCCGACCUAAAAAAUCCCAUGUUCUUGUGGCUCAACAUCUGCUAUCCCAUGGCUGGACGAAUUCGGAGGGCGGAGAGUGGACGUCCACUGAUCAAGUGCAAUGACUGUGGGCUGAGGAUCAUCGAAGCUAGGUGUAGAAGGACGCUGGGUGAGUGGCUGGACGUGGAGUCGUCGUCGUCGUCGCGUUGGAGGCUCCUCGUACCAGAUAAGGUGCUUGGUCCAGACUUGCAGUUCUCCCCCAUGGUUUACAUGCAGUUUACUAGAUUUAAAUGUGGAGGGAUGGCCAUUGGAUACAGCUGGGCUCAUGUCCUAGGAGAUCCAAUGUCAGCCACAAACUGUAUCAAUCUGUGGGGAGAGUUAUUCAGUGGCAAUCCACCCCCUAAAACUCUUCAGCUAAACAACCACCAAAAGAAAGCAGAAAGUGCAGCAACACAUGUGAAAGUGUCUCCAAAACCAAUUCCAGUCAACCAGGUUGAACUAAUUGGGGAUGGCUGGCUGGCUCCCAACACCCGUAAAAUGGCAACAAAUUCCUUUAGGAUCACAGAAACCAAGCUUAAGAAAAUGCAACCAGAGCAACUCAAACAAGUCCCAACUUUUGUAAUAAUCUCAGCUAUGAUCUGGAAAUGCUUGGCAAAAAUUCGAAAGAGCAGAGAAUCCAAAAUGGCAACUAUCUGCAGAUACCUCACCUUAGCAAAAUGCAGCAAAAUACUGAACAAUAUGCUCAAAACAAGCACAGUCAGGUUAGAUUCCUCAGCUGCCAAUUUUGGGCUGUUAGAACUAGCAACCUUGAUCUGUAAACAGGAAGCGGAUGAGUCGAAGUCAGUUGAAGAGUUGGUUGACAUAGAAAAUGGGAAGCCAGAUUUUGUGCUUUAUGGGGCAAAUCUCACUUUCGUAGACAUGGAAGGAAUCAACUUAUAUGGGCUAGAGCUCAAGGGUCAGAAGCCUGUACAAGUGGACUACAGCAUUGAUGGAGUUGGUGAUGAAGGAGCAGUUUUGGUGCUACAGGGUCCUCAGAGAACUAAUGAAACCAGCAGCAACCAAGAGAGACUUGUAAUGGUUAUCUUACCAGAAGAUGAGAUCCAACAGCUCUGUGAAUUGCUUAGCAGUGAAUUUGGCAUCGCUCAAGAUCUGAAGAUAAACCAUAAACUCUCUGUAACAAACAUGUAAACCUGGAAGUGGAUGUUUCGAGGAUGUCAAGUUGUCUUAAUUGCCUAAGUAUAUCAGAUUAAUCGUAAGUUGUUGUCUGCUAAAUAAUGACUAUAUUAUGUAGCAAUUUUCCAACAGAA